AGGUGAAGGAAUAAUGUCCAUAUAAUAUGAGGUGUGCCUUUUUAUAUGAGGAAGUACUCUGGAGACUCAGUGACAAACCAAAGAGCUGAUUUCCAAGUGUGGGCACAAAAGUAAACGUUCCCUUGUUGCUGGAGCUCUUGCUGCUAGGGAACCAAGACGCCAGCGCCAGCGUUAGCUUGGAGGGUUGCGUUGCUGGGAAGAUUAUCACUUCUGAGAGUGCUUCAAGGUUUAACACCACAAUUCACGAGAAUCGGCCCUGGCCACAGGCAGGUCCCGACCUCUCCGGCCUCAGUUUCCCUCCCGCGUGAAUCAAGGGGCAUCUUCGCGGAUCCAGGCCUGGUGCACUGGCGUCACGUGGUCGAAGUGUUAAGCUCUGUGGCCAGACAAGAGAGGCUCCUGCCCCCACCUAGCAAGCUCUGCUGGGACACGGGGGCUUCCUCCCUCUCUGAUUCGCGGUCACCUCUCUUGCCUCAUAAUUCAUAUGGGAGCCAUGAAGCUGAACGAGAGAAGUGUGGCCCACUAUGCAUUGAGCAACUCCCCAGCAGACCACAUGGGCUUCCUGCGCACUUGGGGAGGCCCAGGGACUCCACCCACCCCCAGUGGCACUGGCCGAAGAUGCUGGUUUGUCCUCAAGGGCAAUCUGCUGUUCUCCUUCGAGAGUCGAGAGGGCCGGGCCCCGCUGGGCCUGGUGGUGCUGGAGGGCUGCACGGUAGAGUUGGCUGAGGCUCCAGUGCCUGAGGAAUUUGCCUUCGCCAUCUGCUUCGACGCCCCUGGUGUGCGCCCACACCUGCUCGCAGCUGAUGGGCCGGCAGCCCAGGAAGCCUGGGUGAAGGCACUGUCCCGGGCAAGUUUUGGCUACAUGCGCCUGGUGGUGCGUGAGCUGGAGAGCCAGUUGCAUGAUGCCCGCCAGAGCCUGGCGUUGCAUCGCCACUCAUCCUGGAAGGCCAUUCCCAGCCGCUGUAAGCCCCAGGCUCCUGACCACUUGUCUCGGGGCCUGGAGAACGGCUACGCCCUCUCCAGAGAUUGCAGCUCCAUAGGCUUGGCGGAAGAAGGGGGCAGCAGGCCAGCAGGGUCGGGCCUGGCUGAGUGUGAGCUGCAGGGCCCUACCAACCUCCUCCUAGGCAGGGGGCAGAGCCCUGUGUCCCCUGAGACCUCUUGCUUCUCUACCCUGCACGACUGGUACGGCCAGGAGAUCCUGAAGCUAAGGCAGGGAUGGCUGCAGAGGGCUCGUGGGAGCCAACCAGAAUGUGAGGAACAGGAUAGGCCCUGAGCCUGGGCCCUUAGGGUUCUGCCCUUGUCCUGCUGGUCAGGACGCCAGGGCAAUUCUUUUUUAGGAGUUUGAUGCUCCAAAGUUGCUUUUUUUUUUUUUUUUGAGGGGGGUGGUUCUCUCCUUCCUGCUUUUUAGGCCUUCUCCAGGUUCUGGAUAUACCUUUGUGCCUGGAGGGGACUGAGGAAUCAUAACUUCCAACCCCUUUAUUUCCUGAGGCCCAGAGAGGAAAGGUGGCUUGCUCAGCAGUCACAGAGUGAGGCCCAAGUUUCCUGACACAGUGCUGGACCACCCCUCACUCAGGGGAUAUUAAUGAAAUGGAGGAAGUGGGGAAUAAUAUGACAUGGCCACAGGCCACCUGCCUUUCAUCUAAACAGCAGACUCAGCCAGUUUCCAACAUGGGGAGUCUUGUGUGCAUUUAGGUAACAGAAGCUGGCUUCGGGGACUGACAUAACAGAGAAAGUGGAUUUAUUAUAUCAUGUGGGUUUCUGGGGUUCAGCUCUUCCUGAGUGCUGGGAAGAUUGGGCAUGGAAUCCCCACUCUACAGUCUGGGAAGGGCCCUUUGGAGGGAGAGGCCUUUGGCCAGUACAGAGGGGUUUAUUCUGCUCAGAAAGUGUUAGGGCCCCAUCCUCUCCCUCUCCCUGGCUGUCCUGUCAACAGAUGGUGCUGGACGUUGACCCAGGAUGGACUGGUAGCUUUUCUGUCAGCAGAAAUCCUUCCUGCACUCAGUCCGCAGCAGUCAGCUCCUGGAUCUGCCAAGUGGGAAGCUGAAUAAAAGGUGGGCAGGCAGUGUGGCUCCCCAGGGAAAGCUUAUUUGUUGUGUUGGUUCUCAGUCCUGGACAUUCUAGGAGCUUGGGCAUAGGAUUCCUGGUACCCCAUGAUAAAUUCUCUCCCCUGGGCUUUUUGCUCUUGAAACCACUUGGGAACUCAUUUAAGGUCCUGCUUGUCACCUAAUGUGUACCUGCCAAGACCUUCUCAUUGCUACUCUCACCGGCAGGCCAGGUGUUUUCUUUUUCAGUUGUUCUGGGAGGUAAAGUGACUGGCUCCAUAGAGCCAGAGGCCAGACUGGCUUGAUGCCCUAAGAGCAUGGUGGCGGUGUGGGUGGGUGGCAGAUGCAGAGAACGCCCCCCAUAAAUACAAUCUGCCCCUUCUUAGACGCUCUCUCCCUUACUGGGGUCUCUGGCAGCCUGACCAACGCACAACUAGGCCGAGAGGCUGCCGCUCAGAGCCUCUUAAAGCCCUGCGGCUGAGAUGCUGGCCCAGGGUCCAGGACCCAUUCCUGUCCGGCUUGUUUUGAGGAAGAAGGGCUGCCUUCGCAGCUCUGUACAGGAGCUCCACAGCCCACUGCACCUUGUUUUAUACAGAUACUCCAGAUAGUCCAUGCUUUGGCCUUUCUUAUUGUUACAGUAUUUUUUUGUACGAUUAAAACACUAAGUUUUUUUAUUACUCAUUUCGGUUACUCAAGUUUAUUUCUACAAUCACUUGAGAGCUGCUCUGCCAAGCCCUGGCUGUCCUGGGUGGGGAAAAAUGAAAGAAAUAUGAAGGCUUCACACGGACGGCCGUAGCUGACGGUCCUGCCCACUGGGCCCGGAAUGAGAGAGAAAC